AUGGUGGAAGGAGAUGACGAAUAUGAGCUGGAUAGAGAAGAGCCGUGCUCUCCUUCACUCCACGAAUGGAAAGUUAUUUUGAUGAAAGCUGAAUUUGCCGACGAUCUCUGUGAGCACAUUUCUAUGAUGAAACCAUACAAACGGUGUGAACGAACUGGGCGGGUUGUUCCGACAAAAUCUUUACAAGACCUGAUUCAGGGAUUCUUCUUGUUUCUUGAUUGCGGAGCAAAGAUUGUUGUAAAAGUUAUGAAGAACUUGACUCGAGAUGUUUUCGCCUCUUGCGACCUUCUUUUUGAGAUUUGUAGUGUUUUACCAGAUCAGCUUCUGAAACUUCGACAUGAUGCUGUUUCAACGUGGUUCAAUGUUUUCCACUUCCUAAAAUUCGUUCCUGAUCCACAAAGCUUCAUUAAACCACGGAUCUUCAAAGUCGCUUGUAGACCAUCCACUAAAACUGCACAGGAAGAAAAGAAUGAUCCGAAUAUUUCAAGAGUCAUGGAUUGGUUUAAUGAGGUGUCAACGAAGGUCUUGCCUGUUAUGAUACCUUACAUUUCCGAGAAUAUCUUAGAUAAACUGAAUGAACCACAUAAAACGGCCGAUUUCUUUUUCAGAGCGUUCGACAAGGGGGAUAAAUUUGCGAUCCUAUCUUUGGAGGCCAUAUUCAAAUUGAUCGUCUCGCAUAACUUUGAAUAUCCCAAUUUCUACGACCAUGUCUAUUCCUUGACAAGGCCUUCAGUGUUAUAUUUGGACCAUAAAGAGAAGUUUAUUAAACUUCUGGACAAAUUUCUGUCAUCCACACACAUUCCCAACUACGUUGUUGCUGGCUUUGCAAAGCGCUUAUCACGUAUGCUGCUUUACGCUCCGUUGGAUGCUCAAGAACCCGUGCUUGGUCUUAUACGUAAUCUCCUCACUCGCCAUCCCAAUAUUUCAUCGCUAAUUCAUAGAGAGGUUCCAGAGACAUUACCUUCCGAUCCUUACAAUGACAAUGAAUCAAGCCUGAGCAAGUGCUGUGCGCUCAACAGCUCUCUUUGGGAGAUUAAGAUGGAGUCUUUUGUUCGCUUCCGUUCUCAAGACGAGCUGUUUUCCGGUAUGAUGGCAAAGCCUUUUGGCAAUAGAGUAGAUAGCAUGGAAGAAAAGUAUAAUCAAGCUCAGGAUGGGUCAGAGGAUGAGGACGUUGCACCCAGUAAGAGAAAUAAGACCAUUAAGACAUCAUCCAGUUCUUUUGAACCACCUGAUAAACCACAUAAUUCGGCAUACGUACUAUUGGAGAUUAGCGAGCGUAAGCGCAAGGACCAUGGCAUUCCCACUAAUUUCUUGGCACCACCAGGAAAUUUGUUUCCAGAAAACUCGUUCUAUUUAACGUAUGAAAAAUUUUGGGCUGUGUAA